AUGGAGAUUUCUUCUCACCAGUUUCACCUCUUGCAGCAACUAAAUGAGCAGCGCAGGCAAGACUUGUUCUGUGACUGCAAUAUCCUGGUUGAGGGAAAGGUCUUUAAAGCACAUCGCAAUGUGCUGUUUGCCAGCAGCGGCUAUUUCAAAAUGCUCCUUUCGCAGAGCUCGAAGGAGACGACUCAGCCGACGACAGCUACUUUCCAGGCAUUUUCUCCUGACACAUUUACAGUUAUUCUAGAUUUUGUGUAUUCAGGCAAACUGUCUCUCACUGGUCAGAAUGUCAUUGAAGUCAUGUCGGCUGCUAGCUAUCUGCAGAUGACGGAUGUUAUCAGUGUGUGUAAAACGUUCAUUAAGUCAUCGCUGGACAUCAGUGAAAAGGAGAAAGAUCGUUACUUCAGUCUGUCAGACAAAGAUGUAAAUUCAAACGGUGUGGACCGAUCCUGCUUGUACAGCACAGGCUGGAGGGCAGAAAGCAGCCCCCCGCAUUCACACUUAAGUCCAGAUCAAGGGACAUGUAUGAUGGGUGGAAACACUUGGAGUAAUUUCAGCUACUAUCCGACUUCUCAAAGAAAUGCCCAGCAACAGCUGUCCAAACACGAGCAAAGGCAGGAUUCCAUAAAGAAAUCCCGGCACCUGGGACUGCAGCAACCUCCUGACAUUCCUCACUAUAAAUCAAGCAAACUGGAGGACAGGGCGGCCGAGCCUGCUGGCCAUAUUGCUCAGUCUGAGGAGCAAGUUCAGAUUGAAACAGAAGUUGAAUCCCCUCAUGUGGGAUACCAGUACGGCCAAGGGUCUGACGUGAUACCGAGGAGCUUGGCUGUGUCACAGCAGGAACAUGAAUCGCCCCGUUCUUCCAGUAAAUCGAAGUCUUCAAAAGCAGAUGAGCCGUACGCGAGCAUGCCCUCAAUUCUGGGUGUCAUGGGAAGCUGGGCUGAAGAUGAUCUGCCCAGGAUGAGAUUCAAGUGCCCGUUCUGCACUCAUGUGGUGAAAAGAAAAGCGGACCUAAAGCGUCACCUUCGCUGUCAUACAGGAGAGCGCCCUUACCCUUGUGAGGCAUGUGGGAAAAGAUUUAGCAGGCUAGAUCACCUAAGUAGCCAUUUUCGAACAAUUCAUCAGGCUUGUAAGCCUAUCUGCAGAAAGUGCAAACGCCACGUGACUGAGCUAACAGGACAAGUGGUCCAAGAGGGGACAAGACGUUACAGACUCUGUAAUGAGUGUUUGGCUGAAGCUGGCAUAGACAGUAUUCGCAUUGACUUGGAGGCUGAAGCACCCCUUGAAUUUCCACAAGAUGGGGAUAAGGAUUCCAGGUGGCACUAUGGGGAAGACAACAGAUCUGAUGUGGAGAUUGUGGAGGAUGGGUCAACCGACCUGGUCAUUCAGCAAGUUGAUGACAGUGAGGACGAAGCAGAUGAAAAGGAAGUAAAACCAAAUAUUAGGUAGUUGCAAGAGAAGAAUUAGGAAUUCCAUGUAAGGAGGAGAAUGUACUGUCUUGACCAUAAGCCCUCCACCAGCCUGUUGUUAAUCGUACAGAGACGUCUUGGUUUCUCUUGAACAGGUCCAGACUUGCAUGUAUUUAUGGACGUGCCAUUGAGUUCAUGCUGAGUUUUGUUAUCAGAAUACCCAUACUUUGCUUCAUUAGAAAUAAUCC